AUGGCGACGAGCGGCGGGCAGGGCCUGCCCGCUCUGCUCCUCCUCCUCCUCCGGCUGUGCGAGGCAAGUGCGGGACGCCCGGAGGGGCCAGCGGGUGGGGAGAGCCGGCGGCCGGGCCGGCCCCGUGACCUGGCCCUUGGGGCCACUUUGUCCCCGCAGGUGAGCGGCCGGGAGCCGGAGUGUUCCCGGCCCUGCGGCGAGCGCUGCCCGGCCGAGCCGCCGCGGUGCGCCCCGGGAGUGCCCGCCGUGCUGGACGGCUGCGCCUGCUGCCUGGUAUGCGCCCGGCAACGCGGCGAGAGCUGCUCCCCGCUGCUGCCCUGCGACGAGAGCAGCGGCCUCUACUGCGACCGCGGCCCUGAAGACGGUGGAGGGGCCACCGGCAUCUGCAUGGUGCUGGAGGGAGACAACUGCGUGUUUGAUGGGAUGAUUUAUCGCAGUGGAGAGACGUUCCAGCCUAGCUGCAAGUACCAAUGCACCUGCCGAGACGGACAGAUUGGCUGCCUGCCCCGCUGUAACCUGGACUUGCUGCUCCCUGGCCCUGACUGCCCAUUUCCCAGAAAAGUCGAAGUCCCUGGAGAGUGCUGUGAGAAGUGGAUCUGCGACCCAAAAGAUGAAGUGAUUUUGGGAGGUUUUGCAAUGGCUGCAUACAGACAAGAGGCCACACUUGGGAUAGACGUGUCAGAUUCAAGUGCCAAUUGUAUUGAGCAGACAACGGAGUGGAGUGCUUGUUCCAAAAGCUGUGGAAUGGGCUUUUCCACUCGUGUCACCAACAGAAAUCAGCAAUGUGAGAUGGUGAAGCAGACACGGCUUUGCAUGAUAAGACCUUGUGAAAAUGAAGAACCAUCUGACAAGAAAGGGAAGAAGUGUGUCCGAACAAAGAAGUCUCUGAAAGCUGUUCGCUUUGAGUACAAGAACUGCAGCAGCGUGCAGACCUACAGACCUCGGUACUGUGGCGUCUGCAGUGACGGGCGGUGCUGUACCCCACACAACACCAAAACCGUUCAAGUGGAGUUCCGCUGUCCUCAGGGCAAAGCCCUGAAAAAGCCAAUGAUGUUGAUCAGCACUUGUGUCUGUCACAGCAACUGUCCUCAGAACAACAAUGCUUUCUUCCAGCCCAUAGAUCUGACAUCUAGUGAAGCCAAUGUAUGAAAUGCAUAAAUGGGGUGGUGCAAAGGCUAUAGAUAGUUUAUACAAAACUUGACCCACAAUCAGGUGAAUGUAACAAUUGCAUAUGUAAAAUACCUAUGAUGUUUUUCAAAGCAGUCUAGGUGCUUUCUUCUUACCUGUAGUUUAUUAAAUACCUCGUUUUACAUUUUCCCCCCUCCAAAUGACUUUCAUUCACUUGAAUGAAAUCUUGCACCCUGGACAGAGCCUUCUUUGUUUUUUAUUGAUGGUGGCAUAAACAUUGCAAAGCAAACAACUAGACUUUCUCCUUGAUUUAAGGAGUUCAUGCCAUGAGUUUCAAUAGCUGUAAGAACGGGCUCUUCAAGAGUAAAUAGAUUCCUUGGGGAAUGCAUGAUGCCAUAUCACGUAUGCUUCCAGGUGCUUUAUUUUGCAUGAUGCAUAUAGACACUUAAGCGGUGUUCUUUUUCCAUUCUAAUGAAACAUUUCUGAUGACAGUAAAAGUCUUACUGAUGAAAGUGCUGCAUUCUUCUGUCUUACAGAAUACCUUCUAUCUGUACCUUUAACUUUGAAGAUUAAAUUUGCACAUAGCUCCUGAAAUGCUAUAGCUGAAAUCUCUUAUCCUAAAAGCACAGCAGAUUGAUAGCUGACAGCAAACAAAUUUCACUAGCAGUCUGAUGCAAAAUCCACUGAAGUCAGCAUCUUAGGUUGUAACCAGUGUGUGUCUGUAGAUAUAACUGUGAGGAUGCAAAAAUAGAUUUUCUGUAAAUUUCUCUAAAAUGCUAACUGUAUCAUAUGGUGCUUCUUUUUUUUUUUUAGAAGGGUGUAUAUGUGAAU